GUGUGUGUGUGUGCCUGCCUGUGUGACUGAGAGAGAGUUUAAAGCAGGUUGUCAGGCGGAGGCGUCCGCAUCCAGGGAGACGUUAGAGAGAAAAGACCAAGAAGCAACCAAGGAGCGAGAACGCGAAUGAGGCAACGGUAUACGAAGUGAAAAUAAUAAGUGAGCAGACUUCGAGAAAGACAGACAGCUGAGAGGGAGAACACGCCGUGGGGGGAUAGCCCUAGUGAGGGCGAGCCUGUUACCCCGGGUCGCGGAUCUAAACAUGAAUAAAACCCACCGAGUGCCGAGCAGCAGGGCUCUGUGCGCUGUGGAGGUGAAGAGCAAGUUUGGCGCAGAAUUCCGACGGUUUUCUCUGGAACGAUCGAAACCUGGGAAAUUUGAUGAGUUCUAUGGAUUACUUCAACAUGUGCACAGAAUCCCUAACGUGGAGGUGUUGGUUGGAUAUGCAGACAUUCAUGGGGACUUGCUACCAAUAAACAACGAUGAUAAUUACCACAAAGCAAUAUCAACAGCCAUCCCUCUUCUUCGGAUAUUUUUACAGAGGAAAGAGGAGGCUGACUAUUCUGCGUUUGGCACAGACUCGUUGAAGAGGAAGAAGAAUGUCCUCUCCACUGUGCUCCGUGCCGACAACAACCGAAAGAAACCUCCCCUCCUGAUCAGCCUGCCACGUGAUUUCCGCCCGGUCUCUUCCAUCAUAGAUGUGGACAUACUCCCGGAGACUCACCGUCGGGUCCGACUCUUCAAGCACGGCUCGGAAAAACCCCUCGGCUUCUACAUCCGGGAUGGCUCCAGCGUCCGGGUCACCCCGCAGGGACUGGAGAAAGUACCAGGAAUAUUCAUCUCCCGCAUGGUGCCGGGAGGCCUGGCUGAUGGCACGGGCUUGUUAGCAGUCAAUGACGAAGUUCUGGAAGUGAACGGAAUCGAGGUGUCGGGGAAGAGCCUCGACCAGGUCACAGAUAUGAUGAUAGCAAACAGCCACAACCUCAUUGUCACAGUGAAGCCUGCCAAUCAGAGGAACAAUGUGGUCAGACACAGCCGGACUUCUGGUAGCUCGGGUCAGUCUUCGGACAGCAGCACGAGCCACUACGCCUACACAGUGACCCCACACGUUAUCCAGAACUUCCACCCUGAGGAGGCGGAAAGCGAUGAGGACAACGACAUCAUCAUCGAGGGGAGUGGCAAGCCCCAGCAGAUCCCCAAAGCUGCCUCCGCCAGCGCCAGCUUGGGCUCUCUGACACAUUUUGUGUCCCAUUCCGGGUCCAAGCAGAAUGGCUUCGUAACCUCCAGCAGCAGUGCAGGCUCGCUUACGACAGCAGGAGAGAUUCAGGAUCAAGAGUCAGAAAGAAGGAUGAGUACAGAACGAGCGAAUGUAGAAGAGGAAGGAACGGUGAUCACACUAUAGACAGCAGCCUGCACUUAAGUUCAAGGUACUGGAGGUGCCAUGUUAUUACUCGGUGCCUCUGCAUUGAUCCAACAUGCAGUGUGUAGCCACUUUUUUACACUGUGGUUACUUGUGAUUGUGAAUGAAGGAGCAAGGGUAGUACUGGAUAUAUUAACAGUCAGCGCAUAAUAUAUUUUAUUUUAUAAAAAAAUGGGAGGUGAUAUAAAGUCUUGCAAUCCACAUCAAAUAGGUUUUUGGGGCUUAUUCUAAUCUUAAACGUUAUUUGUAAAUGCCUUUUUAAAUAAACUGUGUAGAUAUGAUUUGUUUUAAGGUAGUAAUCAAGCAACACAAGUGAUCCUAAGCUAAAAUCAGACUUUGGCUUUUCAUCUCAAGGUUGUAACGGGAAGCUGGAUGUCAUUUCUAAACAGAAUGGGCGAAAUGGAAAAAUAAUAAUGGGUGUUUUUAAUGAAGUUCAGAGCGGUUUUAGAUGAUCUGAUACAACCUAUCAAAUAUCCUGAAAACCUAAUGCUUGUCAUGCUCAAAAUGUGCUGUGCAUUGACUGUUAAUCAGCUUGGAAAGCAGAUUGUAAUGACGUCUGGUGAUCAGUAUUCACACACUGUCCAGCAAUUGAUCUUUUAAAAUCUCUUCAUGUUUGCUCUCGGAAUUGUUUUUUGAGCAAAAUUGUUCUUAAAAAGAGCACAAGCGGUACAAUAAAGAGAAUAUCAAAUAUGUAGGUUAAAAUACUUGCUACCUUUUUUAAUUAUCCUUUUUUAUUAUUAUAUAACAGAAUGUACAGGACCUACUUUUACAGUACAGUGUGUUUAGCCAAUGUGUAAGAUCUUUUAUUGAUGUUCUUGGAAGACAAUUAACCUUGAAAACAAUGGGUGAAUGAUGGUAUGUAUUCUGUAUGUAAUCUGUGAAUAGGAUUCACCAAGGACCAUGUAAAAAAAGACAUCAAUUGGAAUUCAGGGGAUCUGAAAUGCUGUUUAACAUGGGUUACAGACUGUAUAUAACCAUCUGAUUAUACACGUACACUUGGGGUUAUACAGUUUCAUUCCAAACCAGUUUUGAAUGGGUUUGUUUGCAUGGGGUUUUAAUCAGAACGAGAUUGAAAUGUAUCUUUGUUUCAUGGAAGGUUUCAGGCAUGUCUAGCACAGAUUCUAAGAAAAUAUAAAGAAGAAAAAAAAAAGUAUUUCAACUGUAGCUGUGAUUUGCAUGUCAGGAAUCAGAAAUGAACUGUCGGCAGCAAUGAGAUUUAUUAUUCUGCAGUCUGACAGCUUAGACACCCUCUGCAGGCUCCUAGCGGUAUGGGACAGCAUACAGACGCAAUGUUAAUUAGAAGUAUUUCCAUGUGAAAUCACCGCUAUAUACUGUAGAUAGAUAUUUUUAUAGAAAGUUUUACAGAAUGAUCAAAUGUAUAAACCUUGUAGGUACAAGCGGUACUUGCUUGCACAUUACUGAAUAUAAUAGAUUGGGAAUGAACAGGAAACAAGCUGAGUGACGGUACAAACUACUGCUGCUUUGAUUGUAUUAUCUCUUAUCAGGACAUUAAGCUGAGUUUCAAAGGAGGGAUAGACCCCAACACACAACACACCAUCCUGUAAAUACCACCGGAUUGCCUCCUUUUCAUUGCACCCUCAUCCCCACACAGGGCUGUGUAGGUACCAUGUGUCCAUCUGGCUUUGAGAGCAUCAUUUGCUGUUGUAAGACGCUGGUGGGGAGUGGAUGCUAUUCAGUUUGAUUUAAACACUGGUGGGUCCGAAUACAGCUGUGGUUUACAUUUAAAAAAAUGAUAGCUUUUUGAUUUAGUACACAAAGGUCCCUACUUAAGUGCUCCAAACAGAUCUCACACAGAUCAAGACCAGUUACAAGUCACUCACAAAUACAGUUCCUUUGUGUGGAAAUCUUCAUGGUACCAAAUACAAGUCAUUUAGCGUAAAUCUAUUGCUGGACCUCACAAAUCACAGAACCCAAACUGAGAACAGUAGCACUGUAUGUGCUUCCCAACAGUACCUGGGUUAACAACAUUUACCUGAAGGGCGCUGUUGUUUUUAGGUUAAUUGUUAAACCUGGUCUCGAUUGCAGCUGGUCCAGCUUUAAUAUUAAAUGGAUUGAUGCUUCCAGAGACAGCGCUCAGUGUUUCAAUCACAUGCUUGCUAAGGUACACUCUGUCUUUACUCAAGUUCAGUGUUGAAUGCAUGAAGUGCUGUUUAGUAUUCAUGAAAUUGCUCCAUUGACACCAGUCUAGAACAAUUUGUUAUAAUACAUUCUUUAAGUAACUUCUUGAAGCGCUGUGAAUAGGGACCUGCAUAGGUAAUAUGUGGUCCCAUUCACUGAAUUUGAAUUCAUAUUAUUUUUUAUUUUGUACAUUAUCCUAUGAUUUCUUAUUCUGCCUGGUUUAUUAGUUUCAUCACUCCUUGAUAUUAAUAAAAUCACCAACAAUAACUACUGUAUCUGGACCAGUGUAAAAGUGACCACUAGAAGUAAACAUGGGGUGGAUGUGUCAGUGAUUCUGUCCCCCUGAAAGGUGAGUUUUUCAGAUUUUCUAUUGAAAAUAUUAAACAAACUCCUCAUUUCAGGGGGAAGAAAUGCUGGUGCCCUGCCCCUAGUGGUCAUGGCUAUACUGGCCUCAUUACAGAAAUAUGCUGGUGAUUCUAUUAAACAUCAAAAACAUUUAAUACAUCAUGGCAUAACUAGAGAUAAAUAAGUAUAAAUUCAGAGAGUAUAAAGUAUUCCUGCAAGACUCAAGCAUACAAUUUUAAUUUCCUGUUCCGUCGCAAUUUCUGAUUUGCCAAUGCAAAUAUACACUGAAAAUAUUUGUCACGAUCUAAAAAGUACAAGUUUUGCAAGAGGAUUAAAAAAAUCCUAUAUAAAUGCUGUACAUUUCCAUACUGUGAAUUGUAUUAUUUUAUCCCUGGAAGAAUCAUAUGCUGUACUAUUGGAAAAUGGGUUGUAUAGAAAAUUAGCUUUUUAUGUUUUAUUCUGUUUUUUUUUUUUUUUUUUUUUAAAUAAAAACAAAACUGCAGUGAUUUUUACUUGCUAUAUGAUUCUGGGUAUAUACAUUUUUAAUGAAAGUAUCAGUAUUUUCUUAUUGCUACUGUAUAAUUUAUAUCUCACUUUAUAAACACUUUUAAAUGAAAUACAUGCAUAUGUAUAACAGCAUCGUUUGCAUUGGCUGGUGA